GUUAUGUUAAUUGGGGGUGUAGCCCAAAAAUGCAGUGGAAUCACAAUAUAUGCCGUAUUUGUGGCCAAAUUAAUGAAAUGUGUCACUUGAUUUGGGCAAAAAGCCCUAAUGAUAUUGAGAAUAAGAUAAAAAAGUGUUUAAAAUUGGAGCUUUUCAAGGAUGAUUUCAAACCGAAACAGUUAUGUAACCCUUGUUUAUUAAAACUGGAUGAUUUUUAUCAAUUUUUAAUAAUAUGCCACGCCACUGAUCAGAAAUUCGAGUCGAUUUUAAUGAAUCGUCAAGAAUGGGGCACCGAGACGAUUCUCGACUACACCCAGCAAAAAAUGAGCGUAAUUGUGUCAAACAAACCGAAUCUGGAGCAUCUCGAAUGCAACGACAUCGAUUUGUACAAAGAUUCAGUGUUGCCACUAGAGCCUUGCCCAAUUAACGAUCACGAAAUGUUGGAAAUCGUUGAAAACGCGAAUUAUAUGCAAGAAAAUCUCGACUAUUUGAACCCCAAUUAUGGAAUGAAGAAGUUUCAUAAUGAUUUCUACCAAGAAUCGACCGUUUUGAGGCACUCCUCAAACUACCCCCAAGAAGUGGCGAUUAAUUACAGUUGCCAACAAGAGACUUUCCCUGAUCUCAAUUACCCCAAUGUGGGGCUAGACUACUCAAAUUACGGCUCUCAUCCCAAUUAUGUCGAAACGAAAGCGGAGUCGCGCAAACCCCCUCCGAGUCAUAAAAUCUUCCCGUGCCCCCAUUGCGACAAAAAAUUCAAACGCAGGGUCACACUCAACGCCCACAUAGCCAUACACACCAAGAUACGCCCCUACGUCUGUGAUAUUUGCAAAAAAUCCUACGCGAUUAAAUGCGACUUAACCAAUCAUCUCAAAGUUCACGCCGGUCGAAACAAAUGUAAAUACUGCUCGAGUGCGUUUCCAGCCCCCAGCAAACUACAAAGACACUUAAGAACACAUACGAAAGACCGGCCGUUUGUUUGCGACUUCAAAAAUUGUAAUAAAUCGUUCUCAGAUAAGAGGAAUUUAGAUGGGCAUAAAGCCCUGCAUUCGAACGAAUUCAAUUUCAGGUGCAAGGAGUGUGGGAAGGCCUUUCGCACCAAAAAUCGGUUAAAACAGCACGAGAAGGCGCACACGGUGGCUACGCCCUAUGUGUGCGAGAUUUGUUCCAAAGCGUAUAAAUACAAAUCGACUCUGAUUUUUCAUUUGAAAAAACAUAACGGAUAUUUUUGUCCCUACUGUGAGAAGGACUGCGAAAAGGCCGUGAAGUUGUUGAGGCACAAGAAAGUGUGUGGGGGGCGGCCUAAGUAAAACAUGAAGUAUUUUAAAUAUACUAUUUUCUCUCUCACCAGUAUUGUAUAACAUAAAUAAA